AUGUGGAACAACAGCUCAGAUGCAGAAGUAGGACCAAGCGUUAAUGGGACUUCUGUUGGUGUUAAUGGGUCCGCCCAACAAAUUCUGAAUGUGAUCCUACCUUUCAUGCUGGCUUUGGUGAUCUUCGCCCUUGGUUGCAGUGUGGAGUUUGGGAAGGUAUGGUACCACUUGCAGAGGCCAUGGGGCAUUUUAGUGGGUCUAGUGUGCCAGUUUGGGCUGAUGCCACUCAUCGCAUUUCUGCUGGGGCUGGCGUUCAGAGUUACAGCUCUUCAGGCCGUGGCCAUUCUCAUCAUGGGCUGCUGUCCUGGCGGAAUCAUCUCUAACAUACUUACACACUGGGUGGAUGGGGACAUUAGUCUGAGCAUUGCCAUGACAACAUGUUCCACUUUGCUUGGGUUGGGAAUGAUGCCUCUCUGUCUCUAUGUAUAUUCACACUUCGGGAUGAAGACUGGAAAUGUCCAGAUUCCCUACCUAAACAUAGCCAUCACAGUGGUCUCCAUGGUUGUUCCCGUGGCUUGUGGAGUCCUGGUGGGUUCAGUAGUGGGUUGUUUGGUCCUUACCCUCGCAGCCAUUGCUAGCGUCGUACAGUACAGAGGUUCUUGGAACAUUGAGGUUUCUGUACUAAUAAUCGGCAUGAUAUUUCCCAUGAUUGGAUAUGCUGUAGGCUUUAUCAUCUCCAUUAUCGUCCAGCAGCCUUGGCCGAGGUGUAGAACAAUUGCUUUGGAAACUGGGGCCCAGAACUGUCCGAUCUCUGUCACUGUGCUGCAGCUCUCCUUCCCAGCAGAGCAACUGGUGCAAAUGUUUACCUUCCCUCUCAUCUAUGCCUCAUUCCAGCUCCUCAGUGGCCUCCUGCUGGCCAUAGGUUAG